AUGCAGAAAGAAAAAGUAAACCUGCAAAAUGAGCUGACUGACUUUGAGGAGCGUAUAGAAGCAAUGACAUCUCAUUUGAAAAACGUAAGACAGGAGUUCAGCUUCACCCAGUCUCUUUACAAAGCCAAAGAGAAUGAAAUUGAAACUGAACAACACUUCAAAGCCCUUGCUGAGAGAGAACAUGGACGUCUCAAAAGUGAGCUUAAACGACUGGAAGAUGAGAUGGUUUCCUUAAGAGAAAAGAAAAACAGUCAAGAAAAUACUAUAAAUAAAACCACUAAGAAGUUGGAAAACUUAAAACAACAGAUGAACUGUGAUGAGGAAGUUCUGGAAAGCUGGAUAAAGGAAUCAAAUCGUAAAGAUAAUGAUACUAUCACAAUCCAGAAGUAUGCACAACAAGAUGAAGGGAAACUAGGAGCAUUAACCCUUCAAGUAGAAAAGUUGACCACGCAAGCAAAUCAGAAGCGCAGAGCUCUUGAUAAUGAGCUUACAGAAACUAUAACGGCUCAGAUAGAGCUUGACAAGACAGCUGAAGAUUUUCGCAGAGUUCAUCAGGAAAGGCAAGAAGUCAUCAGGCAGUGGGAGAAUGCAAUACAGCAGAUGCAGAAAAGGGAUCAACAGAUUGAUCAUUGUGCUUUGCUAAUAGCAGAGGUAAAGCAGGAGAUCAGAAAGAAAGAAACUGUGCUGAAGGAGAAGACCUCCUUUUUGGUAAAUGAAACUCUCAAUAAUAUGGAAUAUGAAAAGAAAAUUUCUUCAGCUGAACGGGAAGCUACCAGCCUCCGAAAUGAGUAUCAGACUCAGGAUACUUACAGAGUUCAGCUGCAGGAUGAGCUGGAUGCUUUGAAAUCCAUUGUGGACAGAACUGCUUCUGAUCUAGAGUCUUUGAGAACACAAGUAACCAAUCUGAAGAAAGAAAUUCAGAAAAAACAAGCCAGAUUAAGCUUUCUUAAAGAAAAAAAUGCAAGUCUUUCCAGUAAGCUGAAGCUUGUGACUGAGGAGACACUCAGUUCAGAAGAUAAAGCUUUGAGGAUGGAAGAAAUGCUGAAGGAAGAAGAAAAAAUUGUCAAGGAAAAAGAAACAGAAAUGAACCAGUUAAAAGAACUACUUUUCAAGAAGACUCAAGAGUUAAAGGUGCAGAAGGAUAAGGAGAAGUGUGUUGUAGCAGAAAUUGAGGGAGGUCGAACAUCGCUUAAAAAUCUGAAGAGUCGACUGCACAGACUCGAUGCAGAUGCAUUAAAGCAACAAGAAUUAAUAUAUAACCAGGAUUUUUAUAUUCAGCAAGUACAGAGACGGCUGUCACGGUUAGAAGGAGAGGUUAAUGCAGAUGAAAAACAAGUUUUGGAAGCAAAAGUUGCUGAACUUAAGAAAACCUUAGAAGAAAAGAAAAAUGCAUAUGAUAUUUUACAUGCGCAGCACAAGAAACUUCAGAGCGAUGUCCAUUUCCUCAAGAGAGCGAUGGAUAAGACAGGAGAAGAAACGAGCGGUGUGAUGAUCAAGAUAAACGAACUAAAUCUUUUCAAUGAGAGAUCGGAUCAGGAGUUAAAAAAAGCUAAAGCCAUUAAGCAGGAGAUGAUGGUCGAAGAUAACCUCUUAAAACUAGAACUGAACCGUCUUCGAGAUACUCUCUGUAAUAAGACAGAGAAAGUUCUAACACUGGAAAAACAAAAAUUGGAGUUAAAGAAAGCCAUAGCAGAAAGAACUGAGGAAAUUAAGAUUCAUAAGGCAAUGCUGGAGUCCCAGAUAAGACUUGUGGAUCAGGAACGGCAACGCAUAAGUGCUGAAUUUCAAGAUCGCCUAAAUAAAAUCGAUAAACUGAGAUGCAGAUACGAAAUUCUUACUGUUGUCAUGAUGCCACCUGAAGGAGAAGAGGACAAAACUCUUACCUACUAUGUAAUUAAGGCUGCCCAGGAAAAAGAAGCACUUCAACGUGAAGGUGAUGAUUUAGAUGCAAAGAUCUGCAAAGCUGAAAAAGAAAUUGUAGCUCUGGAAAACACUUUGUGCGUGCUGAAUAACUGCAACAGCAACUUCCGAAACUCCUUCAAGGAAGUCACCGAGACGAGUGAGGAGUAUGAGGAGAAAUUGAGACUAGAGGAGGAGAAAAGGGCAGCUGAUGAAAAAUACAGAUACAAGCGAAGACAGAUCAAGGAACUUCAGGAAAAUCUCCAGAGCAUGGAAAAAAAUGUUGAUGCGGUGCUGCAGCAGGAGGCCCUCUUCCAAGAGCAAAAGAAGGAAAAACAAGCCCUUGUUUUGCAGCUGAACAAAGACAUAGCAGAACAGAAGCCAAAACUAGAGAGGGUUAUAAACCAGUGUUCCAGGCUAUCCAGAGAAAUUCAGUCUCUGAAGAAAACUAAAACAGAAACGCAGGAAGAAAGAGACAUUGAUCUUCGCCAACUGCAAAGCUUCAACAGAAACGUCGACGGGCUGUUAGCCGCUGUGCUGGAGGCAAACCCCGAGCUGACCGUGCCUUUCCGGCUGCGCUUCCAGCAGGUGAGCUUCAAAGCCACGGCUGGGCUCUGGUUUGCCCACGGGGGCCUCUGCCUGCUGCUGCCUCCACUUCUGUCUUUCAGCUCCUCCAGGAGUUCAGGCUCCGGCCGGGCCGCCUCGCUCAGCGUCCUAGAGCUGAGCCUGCCCUGCAGCGCGGGCGCGGCAGCGGUGGGGUCACAGCCAGCACCUCCCACCUUUGUAAAGGCAAGAGAAGGGCUGAAGGAACCGAAGGCUCCACCCUCGUGAAGGCUGCUUAAUUGAUUAAUCGGUAACGUCGCUUAUUUAGCAGGGGCUAAUGGCAAUCUCAGCGUUCAGGUCGAUCGGAAAGGUCCUGUUUCAGCUUUCUUCUGCAAUACGCAAUAAACUGUCUAGGAGCAAUGUUAAGCAUACGUUUUAUGUAAUAAAAUAAAUUAACCUUUAAAUUACUGUCUCAUUUUGCUGUUGGAGAACUAAAGAGCCACAAAAGCCAUUAAUUUAGAAUCCAUUAAUUCAUUUUUCAUAUCCUGAAAAGGAAAAUUAUGUUAAAGCCAUUAAUUUAAAUGUGGCUGA